AAAACAAAUAUGUAUAAUCUAAUGUACUCAAUUAAGUCGAAUCAUAAUUUAACAAAAUUGAUGCUUUUAGUAUCUUCCGCGCAUCGCGCCGCUACGAAUACUAAUUUUAAUAACAUUAGAAGUUUUAAUUUUUACCACUCUUAUACUAGUUAUGAUAAUGACACACACUCCAAUUAUGGUCUUUUGAGCUCUCUCUUCAUCACUUACACUGCCGGCGAUCUCCCUUAGUUGCAGAUUUGGGAAAAUGGGCCCACCGAAGUCCGUUCGUACAAUAUCUCAAGAAGCGUUCGAUGAAUUGGUUCACGAAAAUAUUGAAGAUCUUGGAAUGGACCCCACUGAAGCCCUUCAAGACGCUAUUCAAACUCUAAAUCUCCAAGGCGUUGAUCUCUCCGGGAUCGUAACUAGCAUUGGGGAGGAAAAUCCGGUAAUUGAAUCACUUGAGAGGCUGAAGGAAUUGGAUGGUGAUUGGAAGGAGGGAGGUGGGGAUGAGAAGGAAAUUGUUGAAUGGUUAGAUAAAUUGAAUGAUGCGUGUAAUGUUGAUGGAUCAGGAAAUGCUGCUAUAGCAACUAAGAAUGGUGCUCUACAAUUGGUGUGUUCCAUAUGCUCUAAACUUGCGAGCGACGGCCUUGUUUCAGCUCUCAACACAUUGGUUUCUUUACUUCAUGAUCUACAGAGCACUGAAAUAUUUAGGGUGAUUGAUGGUCCAAGGAUGGUUAUGAAUAUCCUAAACAAUACGAAAGAAAACUCAAGCGUCUUGAACAGUGGAUUCUCUGUUGUUUCUGCCGCUGCAACUGGUAAUGAGGUCCUCAAGGAGGCAUUUAUGAACUUCAAAAUUGAUGAGCUGAUUCAUCAAUGUUUAAGAGAAUUUAGUAGGGGGAGCAUUCCUUAUUUAUAUGAUGCUGUACGAGUCCUGCUAACAUCUGAUGAUAAUCGUGUUGUGGCCUCUGAAGUUUAUGGGUACGCCAGAAAGUUUGCAAAAAUAGGAAUUGUUGAAGCACUUGUUGAUUCACUUCAUGAAGGGAUCAAGUCGCCUAGUCUGGUGUCUGCAAGUGUUGCUUUAAAGGCUGUUGCUGUUAAUGUAAGUAUUGUAUAAUAUAUGAAAUAACUUGAAGACACAAGGAAUAUGUUAAUUAUGUACUUCGCAUUUUGCAUAUAAGCAUUCUUAAAACCCUGAAGCUGAAAUCUUCCUUGCAUCUAUCAGAAUUCAUUAUCC